AUGUAUGGAGCUCUGAUUGAUGAGACGCGAGGUGGAGUUAAUGCUAAAUUGGAAGUUUGGAGACAAACGCUGGAGUCUAAAGGUUUCAAGUUGAGUAGGUCAAAACCUGAGUACUUGGAGUACAAGUUCAGUGAUGGGAAGCAUGAAGAAGAAGUGGAAGUGAGGAUUGGUACUCAGGUCAUCCCUAAAAGACAUAGUUUCAAGUAUCUUGGGUCUAUUAUUCAAGGAAACGGGGAGAUUUACGAGGAUGUUACUCAUCGUAUUGGAGCGGGGUGGAUGAGAUGGAGGCCCGCCUUGGGAGGUUUGUGUGAUAAGAAUGUGCCACCUGGACAUAGGGGCAAGUUCUAUUGA